AUUGAAAAAGAGAGAAAGAUUCGUUGGUUGAUUUUUAGGUAGGAUGAGGGAAAUUUUUUAUAGGAGAAAGGUUUAUUGGUGUUGGUCCUUUGCAGGGCCACCUUGCUGCAGUGACUGUCCUAUAAAUAUAUUGAGGUACCUAGGCAGAGAAUGAGCAGUCUGUGGUCUGUGUUCGAAUGCAUGUCAAAUGUCAAACAAAAUGUAACGUACAAAAUAAAAAUAAAUAUAUUUUUUAUGUAUUUUGGUAAAAAUAAAAAGUUUAAAUAGAAUGGCACCGUCAAAAAGAAUCAAAACGUAUAGAAGAUCGAAUACAAGUUUAGUUAAUAAUUCUGUUGAUGCUUUUAAUGUGCUAUUUGCCAAAAACAUGACAAAGCGGUUACUUAUGAAAAAGAAAAAGUUUUCAGUAAAAGACCUACCGCCAAGAAAUAAAUGUGAAUCUUUGCUGGGUAACGAUUCGUUACAAAUCUCCACAGAUGAUACUUUUGAUAAAUUAUUAAAGAAGUCCAAAGAAAAACCUAAAGAAGUACCAACUGUAAAUAUUUCUUGUGAUAUAGCAAAUGAUGAAAUAGUUGCAAAUACCACUGUUAAUAAAUCUACUCGCACAACAAGAGCAAACAAUUCGUCCUUAUGUAGCUCUAGUUUAUUAAAUACUAAUGAAAAUAUUGACUCUGUUGAACAAACCCACCUGAGGAGACUUUUACAACCAUCCUUUGAAAAAAUAGAAGAAAGUUUGGAAAUUGAAAGUGCUCGACUAAAACCUAACUUUUCUCUCAGUUACAUCACAGUUCCUAAAGAAACAAAUACCUCUGCGGAAACAUCACACUUGGGGAUUUCUGCUACUGACUUUAUAAAAAAUUUACAACAAGAGGUAGUAACUCACUGUAGUACUCCCAUAGUAUCUUCAAAGAAGAAAAAAAAUGUUAACAAAGCAGUCUCCCCUAUAAAGAUUACCACAUUACUAAAGAAAACAUUCCAAGAUAUUAACAAAUGGGAUAGCGAAUUUCCAUUAGAAAAUCAGUCGGAUAACUCAAAAAACAUUUGUUUCAAUAGUUUCCUCAAUGGCCUAAAAAGUGAUCCACAGCAAUCUUCUAUUUGUAAAAACAAUAUUGAAAACUCAUACAUACAAGACAAAUUGAGCAAUAAAUCACCUAGAAGACAAAGCUUCAUAACAUUAAGAAGGCGAAAAGUUCUUAAAUCAUUCAAAAGAGAGAAAAAGUCCAAUAAUAUCAAGAAAAAUUUAACUGUGAGUUUAGAAUCAUUUUCUAAUUUUGAAAUAAAGAAUCUUUCCAAUCACCUAUUAUCAGAUUUAAAAGACUCUUUUUGGUCUCAUUUAUCUUUAGUAAACUUAACAUCAAAGAGAAAUAUGCUGAACCAAACAGAUUGGUCCAAUUGCAAAUCAAAUGAAAAAAUGUAUGAAGAAACAGAUUUAUCUACAUCUAGAGCUGUGUUUUAUCCGAAAAUAGAUAAAGAAUUAGUUGUUAAAGUUCCUAAACUGACUUUUGGUAAUACUUGUGAUGAUUUUGGAAAUGUCAAUUCUUUUCAAGUUGAUUUCAAAAAGGCUGCUAGAAAAACUAUAUCGGUGAUGGAAAAUGUGUCAAGACUUCAGACCAAAGAAGAUAUAUUUGAACAAUUUUACACAAGAAACAUCAAUCAAAUGGAUACCAAUAAAAUUAUUUUUGAACAGUUUUUCAAAAGGAAGCACAAAUCAAUGGCAAAUGAACAGUAUUUUAAUGCCCAAGAGGAAAGAGCGGACUUCACUACAUACACAAAAGAAAAAUAUAACAAUUUAAAUAAGAUGAAAGAAAAUACUAAAAGUAUUGAAUAUUUUGAAGAUUUAAAAGUAAAUAUGAGAAAAAGUCACUCCACAGAGGAUUUCGAAAAUUUCUAUAAAAACAAUUUAGGUCUUAUUGAAAAUAAAGAACAUUCUUCAGACACAGAAGAAAGCAAUGCUGGACACAAAGAGUACACAACAGAUGUAUCAAAAGAAAAAUUUGAAGACACAUUUGAAAAGUUUUACAAAACCAAAUUGAGCAUAUCUGAUCCAACAACUUCUUGUGCAAAAGUUAAGGAGAAAGAGUGCAUUAAAGACUUAAAAUUAAAUGUAACAAACAUGUUGAUUUCACAACUGGAAGAUACAUUCGAAAAAUUUUAUAAAAAUAAUAUUAAUAUGCAAAAUGACAAUUCUUAUCCAAAUCAGGACGAAAUAAUGAAAAAAACAAGGGACUUGAUAGUAAAUCUGCCGAAAUUGUCACUAUUAGAAGAUGAAACAUUUCAUGAAAUUAAUAAUAUAAGGCAGAGUAACAGAUUGGCCUUGAAUCAGGAAGAAAUAGUAAAAGAACCAAAAGAUUUCAAAGAUAUUUCACAAGUUAAUGCAUUCGAUACAAACAAUGAAAUUUGUUCUUCAAAUCAAAAAACCAUAGGUAACGAUUUGAGAGAAGCGAUAACAAAUGUAUCCUGCAGUGCAGAAUAUGUCUUCAAAACAAGGACUAAAAAUUGUAAAAGUUACAAAAAAUACUCUUCGGAAGAUAAUGGUAAUACUAAAUGCAUUGAAGCAAAAUCAAAUUUGAUAGUAAACAUGCCAGAAAAACAGCUCAUUGUGAAUUUGGAAAGAAAUGAUUUUAAAGAUCUUUUGAAUGUUAAAGAAUGUAUCCCAUUUGUUACUGAAGAAGAUGCAACCAAAGAUGUAAUGGUUAAAACAUCUGAAACUCAGCAAUUCGAAGUGUUUUAUAAAGAUAAUUAUGGAGAAUACAAUGUACCAACCCAGGUAGACAGUAUUAAUACAGAAACUAAGUCUCUGUCAAUUAAUUUAUAUACAAUAAAUUCUGACGAUGAGUGUAAUAUUAUAGAAAGUUCUAUAAUUGAAACCGAUGUAUUGAAAAAAAAACCAAAGGUCAGGUGCAAAACCAAAUUGAAAACUUUAGAGAAGAAAUGCAAAAAUCAUGAUCAAAAGAAUGAACACAUUAAUAAUUCAGGAAAGGUCACAAGUACUGAAAAGAUAUUGCACAUAACUGCUGAAAGUAUGUUGGGUAAUAAUUCUCAAAUACUCGGACAGGAUACAAGUUUGGAAAAUGACACUUUUCUAAUAAAACAAGAAAAAAAUAUUGAACAAUAUGCUGGAGCGAAAAAAUCAAAAUUGAAGAAGAAUAAUAAGCUUUCGAAUGGUGUUAAGAGAAGUGUGAAUAGUAAAAAAAAUUCAAGGGAUGUUCCAAUUAAAAUCAAUGCUGAUAAAAUUGGAGAUUCAGAAAAUUUUGUAAGGCCCAAAUCCAAAAAAGUAAAGGAUCUUAAUCAGCGAGAGAAAUAUUCCAUUUCAAGACCUAUGACUAGAAGUUUGAAAAAAUUUCAACCUCAAGAUAUUAUAAUGGUAGAUUCUAGUUGUGAUUCGAUUAAGUUAAAUGAAAGUAAUGGAGAUAAAGUUAUUAGUAAUUCAUGUUACAAUAAAUCUAAUCCAUUGGGUAUAAACCAAAAAAGUAAAAAAAUUGAAAAAAAGCUUUCAAACUCCAAGUACUUUGAGAGACUUUCAGAAAAAAUUAAGGAUAAGCCAGACAUUUUACCAACACAAGGCAAGUCUGUUGAAGAAACACAAAAUUUAUACACCCAAUGUACUCCUAAGGAAGUUUCUAACAUUUCUAGUUCAGAUAGUGAUUGUGUUUUUGUAAAAGCGUAUUCCAAUAAAUACAAUUUGAACGAUUCAGUCAUUAGAUCACCAAAAAGUAUUAUUUUCAAAGCAGGAAAACACUGGAGAAGGUCACUGUCUGUGUAUAAGAGAUCUAGUAUGUUUUUGGGAUUUUCUAAGGAAGAUUCCUCUGCUUUGGUUGCAGGAAAAGCGUCAAGACUAACUAGUCAAAGAAUCACAACUAGAUUUUCUGUGAAAUUUGUUCCCAUAAAGCCAGUACAGGAAUUACAAGGUGAACACCAUAAUACUACAAUUUUGGAAGACUUUGCACUAAAUUCCAGUUAUGUACCAGAUCAAAUCCUCGAAGCCAGUUUGGAAGAUACUUUUAGAUGUCUUUCGUUAAAUUCGAAUCAAAAAAGAGUUUCUGUUAAAAGUCAAUUAAGUGUACCAGUAACAGCAAAGGAAAUCGUUUUACGAACAUGCAGCCAGACGGAACCAAUACCAUUUUCACAAUGUUUUCCAGAGAGUGUUCUUCGGAACUGUCAGAAAAUAGGCGAGGGGGUUUAUGGGGAGGUGUUCCUCUUCAAGAAUCCCAAUGGAGGCACGUCAGUAUUAAAAAUAAUACCAGUAGAAGGCGACCAAAUAGUUAAUGGAGAAAGGCAGAAGAAAUUUGAAGAAGUUUUAUCAGAAAUCAUAAUAACAAUGCAACUGAGUAACCUCAGAAACAACAAACGAAAUGGUAUAGCUGCAUUUACAGAAGUGCAGAAAAUUCAAUGCGUUCAAGGAAGAUAUCCAGAAAAACUAAUAGACCUUUGGGACUUGUUUGAUGAAACUCGUGGAUCUGAGAAUGAUUGUCCAGAUAUUUUUGGAGACGAUCAACUUUAUAUUGUUUUUCAGAUGGGAUACGGUGGAAAAGAUUUGGAAUCUUUCGUAUUUAAUAGUGCUAUGCAAGCGUACUCUAUGUUUAAGCAGGUUGCAAUAGGACUUGCUAUAGCCGAGAAAGAACUAAAUUUCGAACAUCGUGAUCUUCACUGGGGAAACGUUCUAAUUUCAACAGUAGAAGCUAAUAAAAUCGCUUCGUUCAAUUUGGAUAAUAAAACUUACCAUAUACCCACUAUGGGUGUUGAAAUAGCAAUAAUCGACUAUACGCUAUCUAGAAUAGAACAUGACGGCGUCGUUAUUUUUAACGAUUUGGGUUUGGAUCCGGAUUUGUUCACAGCAGAGGGAGAUUAUCAGUUUGAAAUAUAUAGAUUGAUGCAACAGAAAAACAGGAACAAUUGGAAAGAGUUUGAACCAUUUACAAAUAUUUUAUGGCUCGAUUACAUCUUGGAGAAAGCAUUGAUGGCAUUGAGAUACAGGAACACAAAGACAAAACGACACAAAGAUUAUAUGAGGAAGUUGAAGAAUUUGAAAGAAGACGUAUUGUCUUAUCAGAGUGUCAACGAUUUUGUGGUUGCCAAUUUGUUAGAUAUUUAAAAAGUUUAUAGAUUAAUAAGAGAUAUUUUUUAUUAGGAAUGUAGUUGUGCCUAUUCAUCUUGUUUAUACUGUAAAAUAUCUGAUUCUGUAGAAGUAUAAUCAGUAUUUGAUUUUAAUGUAGUUUUUUAGUUUAAAGAGUUUUUUUGGAACUUCUUUGUUAAAAAUCGAGCAAAAAAUAAUUUCAGAUGUUAGUUCAAAGACAUAAAGUUUUAGUUACCAGCUAUAUAGGAUAUAUAUUAACCCGAUGCAUGUGUGGUGAACUUUUGCAACUUCACCUAUGUGCUGGGAUUAGAAUUACUCCUCAAGUGAAAAAAAUCAUUCUCGUUCUACUUUAUUUUUCAUUCAUUUUUCAAGACAUAACAAACCAUCAAAAAACAUUUAUAGUGGGAUUUUUUCUAGAACACAAAAAGUACAUUUCACUAAAAAUAAAUGCAUCAAAAACCUCACAUAAAACCUUCAACAUAGCUCUUUUCCAAACAUUUUUCAAAGGGCAUUAUAAGUUUUUGUAUACGUUUCUUUUAGAAUGAGAGUAAUCGGGUAACAUGUUCUUCUAGCUCAUGGUUAAAAACGUGAGUAGGUGCAAAGGUUUGGCAAUCUCGGUAACGUAUAACAGCGGGGAACUGCACACGAGGUGACUUGAAUGACACAAGUUUGCACCAUGACUCCGCAGUUCACAUUUUGACUUAGGUAUGGAUGGAUCCAAUAUUCUCUGCAAACUGUUGCAAGAUCAACUGGUUUUGUUUUAAAACAGCUGCAUCGAGAGCGAUCGGCCUUACACUUCGCAGAUUUGUUGAAUUUCAGCAUUUAGUAAACGUAUCACCAAUAUGAAAUGUCAAAAGCGCAGUUUCUAACCAAUUCUACCAUUUUUAAUAAGCGCAUGUGCAUAUAUGCAUCCAACAACAGUGAUUAUUACUCAUUGUAUCGAGGAGAAUAAUGUUAAGGGAAAUUAUUUUACAAAUAUACCUCAUAUUUAUUGAUGCAGUCGACUCUUGUUAAUUCGAAACUCGAGAGAUUCUUGAAAUGUAUUACGAUUUAUCGAGUGUUUGAAAUAUCAAAUGGUUUGAAAUUUGUGAAAUAAAAUAAAUAAAACUUGGAAUUAUUAAGUGUUGAUCAAUUAUUAACUGCUAUUCUAUAACAAUGUCUAAAGUUUAGAGGUAUAUACGUGUAUUCAUAAUGUGAAUUAAUUAAUCUUUCGAAAUAACUCUGCUUUAUAAGGCAUCGAAUGAGGAUCUUGCUUCCUUAACUCACACCUUUGCCAAAGGUUCUGUUAUAUCGUCCUCAUCUUCAUCGUUACUUUUUCCGUUCGUAUCUGUCGCAGAUAAAAUUUCGUCAUCAGUUAGUGAACCUGAGACAACAUCUUCAUCCAUUAGAAGGAAGUCAGAAAAACUCACACCACUGAUAUCAACUAAGGGUUCUAUUUCUGGUUGGGGAUUUUUUUAAGCAAUUGAGAAUCGUUAGGGGUGUUACAGCUCUCCAAGCCUUGUCAAUCAAUAAAAUACGAUCAGAACCGUGAUAUUUGCAGUUAGUUGCUUGUCGAGAGAUUCUAAAACGAGCUUAAUAAUUUCAUUACGAUAGAACGUCUUAAAAUUAUGGACGAUUCCCUUGUCUAAUGGUUGUAAUUUGGAAGUUGUAUUUGACGGAAAGAAGUUGGACACGUUGGACAAUGUAGGGGGACUGUUGUGGAAAGUGCAAUUGUAUAAAAAUAGUAAAAUUUUCCGCUUUUAUCGUUUUAUGUGCCCAUUAACUAUUAAAAAGUUCUGUCGUUAUCUAAGCUUUUUUGUUAGCACGAUAAUCAGUAAGAAACGAUCUCACUCCUUUGAGACGUCGCGGUUUCAUUGAUUUUCCUAUCACUAAGGGCUUAAGUUUUUCCGAUCCGUCCAUAUUUAUUUCAAGUAAAACUGUCAACCUCUCUUUACAAUUUUUUUUCCCCAUGACAUUUUUCAUCAGUAUUAAAAAUGUCUCUGGCAUCAUAGUUUUCAAACAAGGUGCCAAUUUAAGCAAACUGCAUCAUCAAUACUUCCACUUUCCCCACAAACUCUUAUAAACACAACUCUAUUUCUCUUUUUGAAAUUUGUAAGCCAUCUUUCACUUGCCGUAAAGUUUUUGUUGCUUAGAGUAGACGCAUUUUCCUUUAACAACUUUCCGCUAAUACCCACUUUUUGUCCUCAACACUGUCUUACCCAGGCUUUCUUCCAGACGAUGAAUUUCACCUUUAGUAGUUCUUUUGAGAGAGUACUCAGUACUUUUUCGAUUAACUUCUUAUUUUCAGCAAUUGUCAAGCAUUUAUACUUUCUAAGGCUCAUAACAUAACAAACUUUUUAUCUGUAUACCAACGAAAGAGUUAACAGUAACUGAAUGAUAACUAAAUAAACCCAUUCGUGAGAAGUGUGUAUCAAAUACUCAAACUAAUCAUAACAAAAACGAAGGCUCAUGUACGUUGAUACAAUUUUGACCUUGUUGCAAAAUGUACUUACGAUCUUUCCGCCUCUUUCUCUCUGCAACUUUGAAUUGUCGAGUGUUGGACUCCUAUUAGUUCGAAUUAACGCGUCGUUUUGUUAUAUAUCAAUGAAUUCGUGAGAACUUUGAAUUGUAGAGAGGUUCGAAUUAUCGCAGGUUUUAAUCAACGAGAGUAUAUGUUUUUCUAUUUUUCAAAUACUUUUUUAUAAUUCAAAUUUCAUCUUUUUUCUAUAAACACCGAUUCAAUGUAUUUUUUUGGGGCCUUAGAUGCUAAAAAUAAACGCACAGUAAAUGAUCUUUAUUUUCUAAUAUAUUUUCAGGUGUCUCUAACUGUAUCCAAUAAGUCUAAGGUCACUGCCGAAUUAUAUUUUUAACGCUACUCUGUAGAUAUGUAAAUUAUAUAAAUCAGAUUACAAAUUUUUUUAUACUAUGAAUAAAACGCUCAAUAA